AUGGAGACCAUGCAUUCGCGCCGCGUGCCCAUGAGCCUCAAUCGCCCAGGCCCUCGCUAUCAACCCGAGAACCAAUUUCAAAGCUCCGUCCCGGGCCCUGUCGAAUACGGCGAUGCAACCACCCGCAUGGAUGAGUAUUCGGCCUCGCUGCGCCACCCGGGCCGACGUGGCCUCUUGGAUGCCGUCCGCGACGAAGUCCACUCUGCAUUUCCCCCACCCAAGCCCGGUCCAUCUCCAAGCCAAUACCAAAAGGUUCAAGUGCGUCCCGUCAAGCCGGCUUCCAAAAUCGGAGCCAACGGUUUGCACGACCUCUCUCGCGAGCCUCGAGGCCCGUGCAACUUUACCACUGGACCUCGCUUCCCUUCCUCGGCUGAUCGCAUCGGCCUUGCUCCGGGGCAGUAUGGCAUUCCUGAAGCCAAUCUCUCCACCACCCAUCGCGUGCCCGUGAUUGAAUUUUCCGAAACAGCCCGCUUCCCCAAAAAGCCCACCGACUACUAUGGCCUGCAUCAUUUGGCCCACCUGCCCCGUCCUGCGGAGGACCCUGGACCUGGCCACUACACUGCCCCCCUUGUCGAGCCCCGACCCGCGACCCACCACGGACCAUCGGUCACGCCUUUCAACGACCUGCCCGCCUGCCUCACGUGUGUCCAUCGUGCUUUGCCAUGCGUGCAGAAAGAUGUUACGGGGCCAGGCAUGCGAGCUGGCACCGGAGCUCUACCCAUGACGGGCAAGCAAUCGACUGCCAACCUCUCCUCUACGCUGCCGCGCUUCCAGACGGCCGGCCAAAACGACGAGUACAUGCUGGAGCGCCUUCGAUGCGGCUCACGGGUGUGUGCCCGUACGAGGACCUAA